UUGUCUGGGCACAUGGCGGGUGUUUUUCGCCGUUAAUCGUUUGAAGUCGUGCCGGCAUUGCAGUCGUCGGCGUCAUGUUGACAGAUAUUCUGGACGUGGAGGAAAUAGAGCUCCUCGCCGAAGCCAGCAGGGCGAAGCUCGAGAGCUAUGUCUCCUUGAACGCAAAGACUACCGAGGAACUGCGUGAGGAAAACGCACAACUCAAGGCGCGAUGCGAGCGCAGCUCGUUCCAGCUUGAAGCAGCCCUCUCUGAGCACAGAGCGCAGAUCACUGCACUCGAAGAUGCCUGUGAGAGGGCCAAGCAGCAGGCAGCACAGCUCGCAUCUGAGCUGGGCACCUGCCAAGUUGAAUUGGAAGGGGCUAAGGCGGCCACUGCGGCCUCCAGGGCUGACCUGGAACUUAGCAAGAGGAACCUGGAGCAGCUCGCUAAGGAGAAGCUGGAAUUGCUGCAGGCCAUGGAGAAGCGAACACAGGAGCUCUCCUCUCUCAAUGAACAAGCAGAGUCCCUUAAAUCCGAGCUGAGCAGCAGCCAGCAGCAGCAGCGCGAGGAGGCGGUGCGCCUCGAGGAGCUUCAGCUACAGCUGCUCAGUGCGCAGCAUGCGGAGAAGCGUCUUCAGCAGGAAAGGGAGCUGAUUCAGGCCCAGCUCGAAGAACUGCGAGAGGAAGCCUCUGCACACAGACAGGAGGCAGCCCAACUGCGCCGCAGCAAGGCGGGCCUCACCCUUGACCUCCAAACGCAGUUGGACCACCAGAAAGAGCAGGUGAACUCCCUAACCAGGCAGCUGGAAACCUGGCGUUCGACUGUGGCUGAGAUGGAGGAGAGGUCAAGGUCGACGGCCGCACUUCUGGACGAGGCUCGGGAGGCCAAAGCCAGCCUGGAAAUGCACUUCCAGACUGAGCUACAGGCGCAGCGAAGGCUAGUCGACAUGCACAAGGAGCUGUCCGAGAAUCGACGUCAGCGCAUUGAUGAGCUGGUGGCCACGCUAGAGGAGAUGCAGGCACUGCUGCUGGAAACGCGGGUGGCAGCCGAACGAUCACAGGAGGCCUUGAAGGAGUGCCAGGCUAGUCACGAAGAGGAGCUAGCCAAGAAGGAAGCCAACAUCGAAUCACUGCGCAAGGAGCUGCAUCUGGCCAACUGUCUGCUCGAGGGUAAAGGCAGCAUUGUGGAGAAGCUGUUCCCUGCCGCACAUGUGUCUGGCCUGGCGCGGGACUCUGGACUGAGCCUGACUGAGCUGCUGUCAGAACGGCUGGAGCAACAGCGAGCGCUGGCACAGGCCAUCAGCGAGAAAGAUGUGCUGCAGCAGCAGCUUAAUGCCCUCUCCCAGGAGUUGGCCGAUAAAGUCCCCAUCGUGGCACGUCACAUGAAGGAGUACGAAAGAGCGGUGUGCUCUGUGGCGACAUUGAGGGAGCAGCUGACAGGUGCCCUGGUUGAGCAAGAGCAGCGAGCACAUGAACGAGAUGAGGCAAGAGCAGCUCUUGCGUACACGCAGCGCGAGCUUCACCGGUGGCAGCAGCAAGCCAAAGACCUUUCCCGACAGGUGUGUCUGCUCGUACAAGAGGUGGAGGAUGCACGCAGUGGUGGCGUUGCUGGGUUGCAGGAGGAAGUCAGCUCUUCCAAUGAGGAUGCCUCUCCUCCACUCACUGCCUCUGAAGUCAUCUCUAAGCAUCUUGUCACGUUCAGGAACAUUGAGGAGCUGCAGCAAAAGAAUGCAGAGUUGCUAGCUGUGGUGCGAGAGCUGAGUGAGAAACAGGAGGAAGAAGAAAAGAAGGCGGCUGAGGAGAGGAAUUGUGAGAUGCGAGAGAAGCUGGAAGCUGUGAUGGCCCAACUGCAGGAGCUGGAGCAGGAGCGCAACCGCCAGAUGGCACUGGUGGCCUCGACGGCUCGUCAGCGCGACAUGUACCGUGCCCUCCUCACCAGCAGCAGCCGAAAGGACACCGAGCUGCCCACACCAAUGGACGAUGAAAGUGUGUUAGAUCCGCACACCAUAUCGAUGCCGGCUGUGAAGCACACGCCUGAGAGGUUGCCCGGCACCAAGGUGGUGCCACAGGACUCCAAAGCUGCCCUGGGCGAACUCCAGAAAGAGUUUGACACCUACAAAAAGGAAAUGGCAGAGAACCACAGGAUGGUGACGGAGCAGUUGUCGGCCGCCCGGGAAGAGAGCCUGCAGCUGCGACUGGAUGUGGCUCGGAAGGAGGCUGAACUGAAGCACGUGAAGGAGCGGCUGAAGCUAGCACAGGACAGUCUCGAGCCACUAAGGCAGGAGGCUACAACACUGCGUGAGCGCUCGCACCACCUGGGCGACACCCUUGUGCAACACCAGCAGGCACUGACAACCCUCAGACAGGAGCUCUCGUCAGCGCAGGAAGCAGCGUCUCGCGCAGAGGUGCUUCUCGAGAGUGCACGGGCUGAGCGUGACCAGCUACGUGAAACAAACAUGCGCCUGGAGCGUGACCUGGCGGCGCUGCGUCAGGAGAAAGGGUCCCAGGCACGCAUCCUUUCCAACCUGCAGACACUGCAGAUCAACUUGGAGCGCAUGGAUUAUGAGCGCAACGCUGCUGACCAGGCCAAGAUGUCCCAACUGGAGCUCCGGUGCGAGUCACUGCAACGACAGCUGGAGGCACAGGCGGAGCAGCAGACUUCGCUGGCUGCAGCCUGGGAGCGGCAGAUCCGAGAGGCCCAGGAGCGUGCCGCAGCGGAGGCGGAGCGUUCACGCAAGUCCACAGAUGAGCUGGUCGAUGCUUACGCGCAGCUCCAUCAAGCUCGACAAGAACUCUCUGAGAAGCAGUCACAUCAGGCACGCAGUGAAGAUGCGGCCGAGUCUGCACAAGUGAGCUCUCUGAGGAGUCUACUAACCAAGACUCAAGAGAAGGUCAAAGAGCUCCAGGCCGAGCUGCAAGCAGUAAGGCAGCACGCAGAGUCCCUGCAAGCGGUGUGCUCUCAGGCUGAAGCACGUCUCUCCGAGCAGGACACCCUUAGCAGUCACGUUCAAGAGGCCUUAGAACAGGCACAGCAAGCUAAGAGUGAACUUGAGGACAGAGUGGCCCGGUUGGAGCAGCAGUGUCACAAGCUGGCCAAUGAGAAGGUGCAUCUGCUUGAGGAAAGCAAGACCAAGGUUGAAGAUCUGGAAAAAGAACUUGCGGCCACACGGAGCGAGCUGGCGGAAGCACAGAGUAUGGUUGCCGACCGAGCUCGGAGGGACGCCGAGCACGUGCUCGACCAAGACGUGCAACUCUCGCUCGCCAAGCAGGCUCAGGAGAAGUACGAGCGGGAAGUCUUGCUUCAUGCGGCUGACAUUGAAGCCCUCUCGGCAAUGAGGGCAGAGCUGGACCAUGUGCGACAGGAGGUCUCCCAGCUCGAGCAGCAAGCCAAGGGUGCCGAGGAGACGCUGACUGCAGCCCGUGAAUCUUGGUCCCAGCAGGAACAGCAGCUCUGCACCGAGAAGGACGCUCUCGCCAAGCGAGUGGAAGAACUGUCGCACCAGAACUCCCUGCUUCACCAACAGAUGGAAAUGUUGAGCUCGCAGGUGGCCGUGUUGCAGCAGAAGACGUGGCCCGAUGCACCGGUUGCCGAUAGCGCAGCGGCCACGGUUAGUGGUGACCGCAGCAUGGAACAGCUGCGCGAGGUGGUGAACUUUCUGCGUCGCGAGAAAGAGCUGGUGGCGGUGCGAGCCGAAGCGGCCGAGGCCGAGUGCGCGCGACUCACUGUCCAGUUAGAGCAUCGGUCGGCCAGUCUCCGGCAAGCACAGCAGGAACUGCGCACCGAGCACGAGCGAGCACUGGCCCGUGCCACGAGUGACGCACAGCAUGCGGAGCUCCUUCGCAAGGUCGAGAUGGUGCAGCUGCUGACGGAGAGCAACCGUGCGCUGCGAGACGAGCGCACGGAGUUGGUGGACAGCAAGCAGCAGUUGGAGGAGCGGUGCGCACAGCUCGAGAGGGAGCUGGGACCCCUCCGCGACGAGGUACGCACCCGUGUCGCCCAGGCAGAGGCCCUGCAAGCGGACGUGGGAUUCCUGCGGACAGAGGUGCAGCGCUGGCAACAGCGCACUAACCAGCUGCUUGAGCAGUCGAGUCGCACCGAUCCCGAGGCGUUCCGAAAACUCGCGGAGGAAAACACCAACCUGAAGAGGGAGGCGCACAAUCGUGGCGAGGAGCUGGUUGCUGUCAAGCGGCAGUUGGCGACAUACCGGGAUGAGGUGGCGGACUACAAGCAGCGUCUCAACGCAGCGACGGAGGAGGCCAAGGCAGUACACUCUGAGCUGUCGUCGCAAAUCGCUGCACUGCAGAGGGACACUCAAAAGGAGCUCCAGGCCGUCCGCGCAGAAGCAGACCUGCUGAAGGCCGAGGCUGAGAAGGCAGCCACAGAGCUUCAAUCACUCCGUGUGGACAAGGAGGAAAAGCUGAAGACAAUCGUUCAGGUGAAGAAGAUAGCGCGCCACUACCGCAGCCAGUUUGAGGAGUUCAAGUCCUCCAAGGAGGCCCUGGAGAAGCGCUGCUCCGAGCUGGAAGAAGCGCAAGCGAAGGCGGAGACCGCAGGGGCGCAGGCACGCUCCGAUCUAGACGCCAGCUUGCGACAGCUGCAGGAGCGCCAGACCAGCCUCACACAGGAGCUGGACCGGGCCAAGGCCGAAAGUGUGCAGCUUGCCGCCGAGAAGGAGCAGGCGAACAGUGCGGCCAGUCAGGCGAAGGGACUCAUCGUGCAGGCACGCAAGCGCAUCGCCGACUUCAACACCAAAAAUGAAGCCCUGACCAAGGAGAACCAGACCCUGAAGCAGAACCUCGAGGGUCUCAACCAGCGCAUCGCCUCCAUGGAGCAGCUAAAACAAGAGAGUGCGUUGCGGGAGAGCAGCCUGCGGUCGCAGUUUGAGGGUCGGCUGCUGCGCCAGGAGAAGGAGAUGCGCGACACACGUGAGGCCCUCGACAGGGCUCAGCGACAGGUGGAUGAACUCACCCAAAAGCUCAAUCAACAGCAGCAGAAGCAGACUAAACCUACCAUGGUAACUGCACCUGUGGAGAGGACAAGCGGCCAUGGGAGCGGCACACCCACUGAGCCGGUCACGGCCAACGUGCGGCCGCUGACGCCGCCAGCACAGAGCGCAGCCGUGCUGCAGCGCCCGGGACCCUGCGGGGCACGGCUUACCCCUACUGCUAGCAUCCGGCCCAUUACCCAGGCGGCCCGCCUCGCCACUGUGGCACCGACUGCAGCGGCUCCACCUCCUGAGGCGGAAGUACAGAGUCCAGCAGUAUCGACAGCGCCAACUCUGGCAACUGCUGCUGCAGCGCCCACUACUACGGCAACCUCUACGUCGGUGUCGACUGCGAUGUCCUCAGCGGUGUCUGUGUCAGUCGCUGUUGCAAUGGCUUCCGCACCUGUUGUGCAGCAAGCAGAGGCGCAGCCAGCGACUGGUGUCGUAGCACCCGUACAGGAGGCGAGCUCAGCAACACCCGUUGUCUCAUUGCUCGAGACAGACUCUGGCGUAGAACUUGUGGUGCCAACCAGCACGGUGUCAGUCACCGUCACACCGUCGGCACAACCAGCCGAGCCCAGCACUGUGGCUGCGCCAGAUGAGGGUCCAUCUUCGGUCUCUGGAGCAGCCGGGGCACUCAAGCGGCCUCGGGAUGUGGACCAGGAGCCGUCUAGUUCGGAUACGCAAAGCAGCCUGGGUUCAACCGCACACCGAUCUGAGUCUCCGCUCUCCAAAAAGCUCAAACCAUCCAUGAGCACAGCCGAGGUCAUCUGCACUCAGGAGGCAUCCCCAUUGGUUGAGCCAAUUGAGGAAGGUGUGUCUAGUUCUCUCACUGGAACCAGUGCAGAAGAGCCACAGCAGUCCAGUGCCGCGGAUGAUGUCAUUGUCGUCGAAAGCGAUGAUGAGGUGAUCGAAGAGGAGCUGCCAAAGACUGAACAGUUGGAGGGGGCCGAGUCUGGCAUGGAGGACGACUACGAGGAUGAAGAGAUGAAUGUCACGUGUGGUGCAAGUCGCGGCCCUGGAGAAUCGGAUGUGCCGGAGGAGGACAUGGCAGAGCCAGAGUCGCUGGACGACACCGAGCGGGAAGUGGACGAUGGAAACGAGAUCGAGAUCGUAGACCUCGGCGAUGAUGCGGGUGAGGACAACGAAAUGGAAGAGCCGCUGGCCGAGGAAGAAGACGUGCAGCCGUGCUCGGCUGUCGAGGCGGAGGAAGAACUCCAGCCGGCCACCAAUCCUUCCUCAGCUGUGGAGGUACCACCCUCUCUGCUGGUAGCACCCGUACUGCUGCAGCAGCCGCAACACCGGCCCUCCCUGCUGCCCCGCGUUCGCAAUGAACGUCUGCCAUCGAGUCAAAGUGCCGCAGGCUUCGAAGAAGGAGACGACAGCAUUGUGCCUAGCACACCAACUCUCUUUGUGCCUCGAAGGACAGACGGCUUUGCCGAAGCUGUUGGCUCUCCUCAUGUGCCCCAUGGAGGCUUCGUGUUUGGCACUGCAUCUGAAGGUUCUUCGGCACCCGAGCCAUCCGGUCUGUCACAACUUGCAUCUCAGGAAGGUGUGGGAGUUGAUGACACUCGAAUGGACCUGUCCCACUUUGAGGAAGGUGGUGGCCGCAGCGUGCCCUCAACACCGCUGCAGAUGUCUCCACCUGAAUCGCGAGACGCUUCGCUGUUCCAAGGCGAGGCCACUGUGAUCGAGGAAGCCGCCCAGGAGGGGGAGGAGGAUGAACGCAGCCCGUCGACUGUGCUGGUCACAGAGGUUCCAGAGUCCACCGAAGGGCCUUCGUCUGCCAACACCUUGCCACCGAUUGUGGAGGAACCUGCAGAGCCGCAAGAGUCGCCGUCAAAAGAUCUGGCAAUUGUUUCACCACCCGCCCCACCACCACCCACUAUUGUCAUCUCUCCUGUGCCUGUUUUGGAAGUGACUCCAGAGGAAAGAGAGGAGCUGCUGUCGUUGGAAGAGAAUGCCGAAGCAGACGAGGCCUCGGAGCAGCUAACAUUGCCGGGCGGUGACGCUUCCGCGGCUACGCCGUCCAGUGGAGCAUCUCAAGAACAACAGCAGAUGCCACAGCAGCAGCAGACAACGCAGCAAGCACCUCCGCAGAGGCGUCGCAUCGUGUGGGAGGAACCCGAGCCGGCCUCGAGCUCAGCAGCAGCCACGGCAACGCCCCCACAGGGUGCCGCUCAAGCUGCAGCAACACAGCCCUCGCCGAGCCUCGCCCACAUCUCGUCGCCUCCACCGGUGCAUGCCGCAGCAACCCCCGCCUCUGUAGGCAGUGUCCCCUCGGCCAUCACGUUACCACAGCAACCUCAACAGCAGAGAAGCCCAAACGUGGUGCGCGGUCUGCGAGGCCGUCGAGUGCGGCUACGGGGUCUGGUGCCUCAACGUCGUGGAUCGGGUCCACAGGCUCGAGGAGCAGGUCUUCAGGGAAGGGGCCACCACAUACGAGGUGCCGCAGGUCUCAUGUGGAGCCCCAACUGGAGGGGAGGGGGUCCCCGAAGCCGCGGACCACACCAGUUUUGAUAUGUAAGGCCAAGUAGGUGUUGAUUCAUUACGGCAGUGGGGAUGUGCAGCAAUUGCCGACUGAGUCUUGACAUUUCCAAGCGUGACCCACUCACAGUGAGCUGAAGUAAGCUUACUGUUGUUUUUCGUCUGUAUAGUUUUUCACAUUGAGAAGUAUUUUCUCUCUCUUACUGAGGUGUGCUGAUUAGGAAAGGAUGGCGGUAAGUGUGGUUGAUGUGAAAGUGAUGUUGUGAUGGUAUUAUUUCCCAGAAGUGCCGAAUGAAAGAGCCGGUUUAGUUGGCAGUGGGUGUGCAUCCCCAAUGAUCAAACAAAAUGAAGGAUAGCAUUGUAGUCAGCUAAUAUCAUUAGCUUUUAGGAUAGACCUUGCCACUCUCUAGCAAUGAGCUAAACCUUGAAUUCUUUUUUAUUGACACCUUUUCGGGCAUUUCACGGUUUAGAGCAUCCAAGUUACGCAAAAUUAUAGCGGGUUUGUGCAUAGUAUUGCUUGAGUUGUAGAUUACUUGACGUUAUUAACUAAAAAGUCAAAUGGCUGCACACAAACUGACAAUUGGAGGAAAUUCACUGACUCCUUUGAACAACAGUGGUGUUUUUUUAAUUUGUCGUGGCUGUACGCAUAAGCAGGGAAAUUUCAACUUGGUGAUUUCUUCUUCUCACCACAUGUAGUACUGUCAUGAAGAAUGUUUUAGUAUUUUUUGCACUUUCCGAGCAUUUGUAAGCAAGUUUUGCAAAUAGAGUAAGCUCUACCAACCUCGUUUACCGUGGUAUCUAGCAGUUACAAAAGGUCGCUUAAGAUUUAGAUUCCACCAGGUUUUAUAAAACGGUCUGCUGUCCUGUUGACAUACAAAACUGGUCAUCUGUUACACCCGUAGAAAUACUAGAUUUUAUACCAGUAAUUGUAAAGGGAUUAGUGUACAUUGCUAAAUUUGCAGAGGCUAGCUUAUUUGGCUUGGGGCCUCUAGUUUUGGUUUGUUUAGGAACAAAGAGAUGAUACUGAUACAUCAGAGCAAGCUAUCGUCUUCUCUGUACAUUGUCAUUCAUUUCCUGUAAAGCACAGUCACUUGUUUUUUCAUCUACACUGUUCGAAAAUUCCGCACUGCUUUCCGAAAACAUUCUUGCACUUGACGCUUAAAACUUUCUGCUUCGUACCGCAUCGAGCUCUUUAUAUUCCCAUCAAGUCACAGCAAUACCAGAAUCUCCCAAAGGGGCUAUCUUGCAUGAGCCAGGAAAGUGUGGCGAUUGUAGCAGUGACUGACUCAUCCUAUCUACUAAUGGCACUUUUGUAAGUGGUUGGCUUUAUCGACAGAACUGCACUUCUCAGGGCAAUGACAUCGGAAAAAUUGAGGGCUGUUCGACGGGUAAAUUGAAUCAUUCAUUGCUUAGUAGUCAGUCUGUGCCUGUUUCCAUUGGUUCAGUAUGUUUUGGAUGUUGCAUGAGCUCUUAUGGAAAGAUUUCAAAAGCAUUUGUUUUAAUUUGUUUCUUUAAUCUGUGUUCAUGUUUCGUUGAAUGGCUGAAAGACUUACUAGUGCGGGUGUUUUGCUGCGUACGAUAAGGGUAAGUGUGCCUUUGGAACUAGCCAUCACAGCAGUUCGCUCUAACAGUCAGCCAAUAUGACCUCAAGUUCUCAGAAUAUGUUCCUUUUGGUUCUUAUUUUAAGUGUACAGCGUGAAAGACGAGUUGCCUGUUGACCAGGUUAGCGCUGGUUUGCACACAAACAAUUAUAUGGCGCAGGUACGAGAGCCAAUUGAUGUAAUUUGAAGUAUCGAGAAGUGCUCCUUGUAAUGUUUAGAGGUCAGUUUAUGUACUUUGCAGUCAACGGUGUAUUGGUUUUAAAAUGUGACAGCAUAGUGUUCUGAUCUAUUCCAAACGGUUGUGGGGCUGAUAGUGGGUCCAGUGUCUAAGAAAAAAAUGAAAACAUUAAAAUGUUUUUCUCACCUUA